AUGCCCGGGCCGCGCCCUGGCCGCCGGCGCUCUUUGUUUCCGCACGGGCGGUUGCCGACCGCGUGGAGGGAGGAGGUGCCCGUGGCCGAGACAGUCACAAAGGCGGGGCUUAGCGGCCCAUUCACCGCCUCCGCCCACAUCAUCCUCAUCUGGUCGGCGGCGGAGGAGCUCGAGGCCAAGCUCCUCGAGCGGAGGCUGCUGAAGGCGAGGGAGGUCGGGCAGAGUCCUCCUGACCGUCGCGACCACCAGGUUGAGGAGCUUCCCGACGAGGAGCCGCGGCUCAUCUUCCGGGUGCCAUCCAACCCGCUCGAAUACAAGGGCUCGUGGCAGGACCGUCCCAUCGGUCGCAAUCCGCUCGAUGGGAUCACGCUGUCCUACUACAACAACUCCAAGACGAUGCACAAUUCCAACAUUCUCCAGGCAGUCAUCCUGCGCGACCACGGCUUCGCGCGCGUGGAGCGUCCCGGCGCCGAGUGGAACAUCUUCUGGUGCGCCGGCCAGGUCGACCCGUGCGAGCUGCCUCUGAUGAAGCCGCACCAGAGGGUCAACAAGUUUCCAAAGGCAAACUGCCUGACGCUCAAGGCCAACCUGUGGACAAACUACCUGCGGAUGCGGCGCCGCUUCGGCGCCGACGCCUUCGACUUCAUGCCCACCACCUUCCUCCUCCCCCACCAGCUCAGCCAGCUCAGCGAGCACAUCCGCGCCAGCGGCGACGACGGCACCGACCCAAAGGCCGUCUGGAUCGUCAAGCCCGCAGCCGCGUACUGCGGGCGCGGCAUCAGCCUCCACCGCUCCGGCCCAGAGCUGCCCCAGCAGCUGCUGGGCGAGGGCCAGCGGGGCGUCGCCUCCCGCUACCUCGACCGCCCCUUCCUCCUGGACGGACUCAAGUCCGACAUCCGCAUCUACGUCCUCGUCACCAGCUGGCACCCGCUGACCGUGUACCAGUACGGCGAGGGGCUCGCCCGCUUCGCCACCGAGCCGUACACGCUCGACGACAUACAGGCGACCUGCUCCAACACCCCCCCCCGCCAGCCCCUCAGCCUGCAGCCCUCAGCCUUCAGCCCCUCAACUGGUGAGACAACACACCCCGGCCUCCAGGGCCGCUGCGCGCACCUAACAAACUACUCGCUCAACAAGCUCUCGGCCGGCUUCGUCAACGACGACUCCGAGGCCAGCGGCUCCAAGUGGUCCCUCGCAGCCUUCAAGCAGCGGCGCACGCCCGAGUGUCGCGGGGGGAGGGGGGAAGGGGCCGAGCGCAGCCUCCCGGGCGACACUCUACCUCCCUGUAGGCUGCUGCGCGAGGUCUUCGGCUUCGACGUGAUGCUCGACAGCGACGCAAAGCCAUGGCUGCUCGAGGCGAGUGCUGCAGCCGAGAUCUACCCGCGAUGCAGCACAGCCAUGCUGCUCUUCCCCUCGGAGCGCGGCGGCGACUACCUCGACUUCUUCGACGCGUCGCGCCGCAGGCUGCACGGCCUCCCGUACGAUGUGUGA